CCUUUGCACUGUUAUGUCUGUGUCUCGGUGUCAGGCUGGAUGUGCAGGGCGCAUGCUCUAACAGCUGCGCUCCAGGCGCUGGAGCUGGAGCUGGAGCUGCUGCUGGGGGCUCAGUUUAAUAAGAGCGAGAGAAAGAGACAGGGGGAAAAAGAAAGAAAGAGAAUGUCCGCCAUCUCCCCUCCUCUCCUGGGCGCACUUCCAGUGAUAGCCGCUUCUUCAUGAAUUAGAGCUCGGGGGGCGGGGGGAAGUGCAAACCCCAGGGCCCCCAGCAUGGCCAGCUCGUGUGCCGUUCAGGUGAAACUGGAGCUGGGCCACCGAGCCCAGGUGAGGAAGAAACCCACUGUGGAGGGCUUCACCCAUGACUGGAUGGUGUUCGUGAGGGGCCCUGAGCACAGUAACAUUCAGCACUUUGUGGAGAAAGUCGUCUUUCACCUGCACGAGAGCUUCCCCCGGCCAAAAAGAGUGUGCAAAGAUCCACCUUAUAAAGUUGAAGAAUCUGGGUAUGCUGGUUUCAUUUUGCCAAUUGAAGUUUACUUCAAAAAUAAGGAAGAACCUAAGAAAGUCCGCUUUGACUAUGACUUAUUCCUGCACCUUGAAGGCCAUCCACCUGUAAAUCACCUCCGCUGUGAAAAGCUCACAUUCAACAACCCAACAGAGGAAUUCCGAAGAAAGCUACUGAAGGCUGGAGGGAUCAUGGUAAUGUCAGACGGCACAUCAAUUCCUUCGGGACAGAGCCUUCAUCUCCCCAGCCUUCCCAGUAACUCCCUGUCUUUUUCUGAAGUGAAGAAGAAAUCAUCUCAUGGGCAAAAGGACCCAAGUAGGAGUAUAAACACAAGCAGCAGUAGCGGCAGCAGCAGUAGUAACAGUUUUUCAAAGCCCCACAAAUUAACAAAGGAGCACAAAGAAAAACCUUCUAAGGACUCAAAAGACCAUAAAAGUGCCUUCAAAGAACCUUCCAGGGAACACAACAAAUCUUCCAAAGAAUCCUCUAAGAAACCCAAAGAAAACAAACCACUAAAAGAUGAAAAAAUAGUUCCUAAGAUGGCUUUCAAGGAACCUAAAACCAUGUCUAAGGAGCCAAAAUCUGAGAACAACAUCCUUACUAUAACCGGUGGACACCAGCAAGAAAAGAAGGCCCCAACAAAAAGGCCGACUGUUACAGAUUCUGAGGAACUUUCUGCCAAAAAAAGGAAAAAAAAUAGCUCAGAGUCUUUAUUUAAAAGUUUUUCUAGUGCUCCUCCACUGAUACUUACUUGUUCUUCUGACAAAAAGCAAACAAAGGAUAAAUCUCAGCCUAAAAUGGGGAAAGUCAAAAUGGAAAGUGAGUCACUUGAGAAAAAAAAACCUACUUUACCACCAUUUGAUGAUAUUGUGGAUCCCAAUGAUUCUGACAUGGAGGAAAAUGUGUCCUCUAAAUCUGAAUCUGAACAACCUAGCCCAGCCAGUUCAAGCUCAAGUUCCAGCUCCAGUUUUACACCAUCGCAGAACAGCAGACAACAAGGUCCCUUGAGGUCUAUAAUGAAAGAUCUGCAUUCUGAUGAUAAUGAAGAUGAAUCAGAUGAAGCAGAUGAGAAUGACUCUGAAAUGGAGAGACCUGUAAAUACUUGUGGAGGAAACAGAGGUCGCAGGGUUAGUCUAAGUGAUGGCAGUGACAGUGACAGCAGUUCAGCCUCCUCACCACUACAUCAUGAACCACCACCACCUUUAUUAAAAACUAACAAUAACCAGAUUCUAGAAGUGAAAAGCCCAAUGAAGCAAAGUAAAUCUGAUAAACAAAUAAAGAAUGGUGAUUGUGAUAAGGCAUAUCUUGAUGAACUAGUAGAACUCCACAGAAGAUUAAUGACAUUGAGAGAAAGACAUGUACUACAGCAGGCCCACACUAUUUGUCAUUACAUGGUAUCUUCAAACAAGAAUAGUGGAAGAAAGGAAUUAAGUGGCAUAUGCAUGGAGGAAAGAGAUUUAAAUGAUUGUAAACCUUAUAGAAGAAACUGGCCAUUUUCAUAUCACAAACACAACUUUUGACUUUGACCUUUGCUCGCUGGACAAAACCACAGUCCGUAAACUACAGAGUUACCUGGAAACCUCUGGGACAUCUUGAGGAUACAGCAUCAGGCUGCAUCAAAAAAUAUUGUGGUUUUUUUUUUUUAAACAAAACAUUCAGAAUGAUGCAACCAAAAUGAGAAAAAAAUGUACCAGCCCUCUUCAGCUUUAUUUUAUUUUAAAGCCAGUCAUCAUCUCUUGAUAAAGGAGAGGAAAAGUGACAAGACUCAGAGGAUCUUCUCACCAAGGAAAUGCUCUGGAAGAGUUAGCCUGGAUAGCCUUGAAAAACAAAACAAAACAAAACAAAAAAAACCCUUAUUCUUUAAUGAAUGUGUAUGGUAUCAUGUAUCUCUCUCUGUGGUGUUCAAGUCCACAAGACGAAUGCAUGUUCAACACACUGCCUUAUUACAUAACUGAUCUAUUUAUUAUUGCAUACAUAUAUUCUAAAAUCAUUGAAGGAAUGACACUACCAGAUGCUACAAGUACUUGGGUCUAUGUAUGCUCCUUUGAUGCAGUGCCAUCACCAUCACAAGCCUAGUAACCUUAUUCAUAUUAAAAUGCCACUUAUUGCUGACUUUUUCUAGCCACUUAAAACGCUGUAGUCUUGUUUCCACGUCUGCAGUUCCGGGAAGCGAGGUACAAAGUAGGGGACCAAAAAGUGGCCCUAUUUUUUGUUUCCAAUCUGCCAUGGUGGGUUGGACCACAGGUUCUUAGCGCUCUCCAUUUAUUGAUCUUGGACCACGGUAGAAAAUGCACCAAAUAGGAUCAUAUGACUUGCUGUCUAGCCUUAGUCAAUAAACCAGUAGGACUUUUAACAAAAAAGUGUUACUCUCUACUGUCCUGAAUCCAACAUUGUUUGUCAUCAACAUUCUUGUGUCUGUUUUAAUGUUAUAAUAUUAGAUAUAUAUAUGAAAGUGAAGGCGUUCUACAGGAUCACCAUAAAAGGAGGAAUACUGGUCCUAUUUUGUAAGGAAAUGUUGUAGAAAAUUCUUAAUUUGGAGCUAUUUAUUACUACAAGUUUCGACACUCUUCUGCUGCUGGUGUGUGACUCAUCUUUACCAUAAAACUAUUGGCAUCACAUUUUUAUUUGUUCAUACAGUAUAUGGUCUGUUUAGACUUGUUUUUUGUUUUUUUACAUCUGAUAAAUUAAAUUCCUUUCUUUGAAAAAAAAAUCUUUGUUUUUAUACAGUGACAUGUUGAAAUAUAUAAUAUAUAUUGUGUUCUAUAGUUUCCAAAUUUCAGUACCUGUUCAAAAUCUAGCUUGCAUUUCCAGAAGGAUUUCUUGUCUAUGAAAACCACUGUUCUUUUACUCUUACCUACGCUUCCUUAAAAUUAGAAAACUUUUUCAUACAAGUGCAAAUAAGAGCAUACAUACAUAUUUUGCCAUUGGUGCUUUCAAGAGGUUGAUGAUUUCACAAUGAAAUCAUUACCUCUUUAUUAAGCCCUCAACCCUGAUGACAAGAGGAUACAGUUAAGAAAUACUUCUGGAUCCAAAGGUUUAUUCAAAUUUAUCAGCCUUAACAAAAUUAUCAGCAGAGAGGCCAGUAUACUUCCAGUUCUUACAUGCCAGCUUUAGUUUAUAUGUAUAGAGCUGAACAACGGUAAUAUCUGUAAGUUUUCUUGUUUCAUGCACAUGACUUUAUGCAGUACUGUGAAACUAGAUUCCUGCUAGGGUUAGUUCUUCAUGUUCAAAUGUGAAUUCUCAACAGUUUCUUUAAGUCCAAAGAAUUUUCUUUCUUUUUUUUUAAUGGUUGUUCAUCCAUACUCCAAGGAAAGUCCUCCUCAGGCUUCCAAAAAGACAAGUGUACUUUUUUUAGUAAUGUUAUGACUCUUACUGAUGAUUGGCAUGAAACAUACUUGAAGAGUUAUGUUGUUCUUUAAGUCCACGUCUCAAUGUGCAAUUGUUGGGAGUGAGGGAGGUGAGGGAGAGAGGAAGUUCUUUAAAAAUCACUUUUGACAUCAGACAGAUGAUGUUGGGGGGGAGGGGUGCAUGUGGGAGAAGUAAGCAAUUUUUUGUCAACGUUUUUAUAUGAAAAUGUUUGGAAAUUGAAAAGAAAUCUUAAAGGUCUUUGAACUAGUAGCACACAUUCAACUGGCUACCUUUUAGUUCUGUCAGAUAUAUGUGGAGUUUAGUCCAUUUUGACUUUUCUAACUAAAUUUUGUGGUAAAAACUCUUGAGUUUCAGGAUGGGAAGUGAGCCCACAUUAUCUUCUAGUAUGAAUGAGAUUAUUGCCAUUGUUAUAUAUAACUGAUGACAGAAGUCAUUUUAUCCACAGAAAUUCCAGCCAACCUCUAUUAUAGGUCCAGAAGUAGGAAAGUCCUUAUGAAAAGGAGGCUACUGCAGUUACAAUAUAAACAUUACCUCUGAAUUUCAUGGAAAAGCUUAAUAAUCCUUCAAUAAAAACGUAAUUCUCUAAUGUGGUAAGAUUGGAAGGGGGAGGAAAUAAAUAGACUGAAGUUUGUCUUUUAAAGUGAGUUUUCCACAAAAUUCUGAUAGAAUCAGUGUCACUAAGUGUUGGUCUCGUUUACAGAAAGUUUUACAUUAGCUAUUUUCAUCUAAUUUUGUAUGCAGAAACAAAAUAAAUCCUUUUUCAAUCAA